AGUCUGUCCAACUGUAACAGCACCAGCCUCCAGAACGGUGACAACAGCGACAGCAACUCUGCCACCGCUGCCCCCAACAGCAGCAGCAACAACAACAACAACAAUAACAACAACAACAGCAACAACAGCAGCGGCAGCAGCAACAGCCGCCUGAGCGACGCCCACGGCAGCAGCAACGGUGGUGUUGUUGGCGUGGAGCAGCAGCAUCCCCCCGGCCUCCCCCUACACCACCACCACAGUCAGCAACAACAGCAGCAGCAGCCGCACCACAACAACCACCAGCACCAUCACAACCACAGCAACAGCAACGGCCCUCUGGAGCCGCCUAGAUCGGUGUCCAGGGAUAGGCUCAGUGAUG